AUGGGUUCUGUAAUGAGCUUGAGCUGUUCCAAGAGGAAAGCGACAAAUCAGAACGACGAAUUCGCAGGCGAAUCGCGCAAAAGACGAAAGACUUGUUCUUCUUCAUCGACAGAAGACGUAGAAGAGUACUGCAGAUUGAUUCCAAGUCUUCCCGAUGAGUUAUCGAUUCAGAUUCUCGCGAGGCUCCCAAGAAUCAGCUACUCGAGUGUGCGGUUGGUUUCACGGAGGUGGAGAUCAGCUGUAUCGACCUCCGAGCUCUACAGCUUGAGGAAAGAGCUCAAGAGAACAGAGGAGUGGCUCUACGUGCUUACCAAAGGCCAAGAGGAUAAGCUUUUGUGGUACGCUUUGGAUCCCGUCUCCACGAGAUGGCAGAGGCUGCCUCCGAUGCCUGUCAUUGUAUACGAAGAGGAAUCGAGAAGGAGCUUGUGGAACUUCGUUAGCUCGAGUGUUAGAGUCGCUGAGAUCGUGAGGAUCUUGCUCGGUAGGAGAGUUCCCUCUGAGCAAAUGCCCUUUUGUGGCUGUGCUAUAGCUGCGGUUAACGGCUGCCUCUACGUCCUUGGAGGUAUCUCGAAGUCUAAGACCGUGAGCUGCGUUUGGCGUUUCGAUCCGGUUCUUAACUCUUGGAGUGAAGUGAGCUCCAUGCUGGCGAACCGGGCUUAUUCGAAGACAGGGGUGUUGGAUCGGAAACUGUACGUUGUCGGAGGUGUUGAUCGUGGACGUGGAGGUUUAUCUCCGCUUCAGACAGCGGAGGUUUACGAUCCGAACACCGACGCUUGGUCGGAAGUUCCGAGCAUGCCUUUCACGAAGGCGCAGGUGCUGCCUAACGCGUUCUUGGCUGACUUGCUUAAGCCUAUCGCCACGGGGAUGACUUGUUACGACGGUAGGUUGUGUGUGCCUCAGAGUUUGUACUCUUGGCCUUUCUUUGUUGAUGUUGGAGGAGAGGUUUUCGACCCGGAGACGAAUCUGUGGGUCGAGAUGCCUUCCGGUAUGGGCGAAGGAUGGCCUGCGAGGCAGGCCGGUACGAAACUGAGCGUUGUGGUGGACGGUGAGCUAUACGCUUUUGACCCAUCUUCUUCGAUGGAGAACGGGAAGAUUAAGGUUUAUGAUCAGAAGGAAGAUGCUUGGAAAGUUGUCAUAGGGGAAGUUCCUAUUUAUGACUUGACUGAUUCAGAGUCUCCUUAUUUGCUUGCUGGGUUUCACGGGAAGCUUCAUUUCAUUACUAGAGAUGCUAAUCAUAACGUUACAGUGUUACGUGCUGAUGUCCCUGACAUCUCAGACUCAUCAUCUUCAUCAUCUUCAUCAUCGUCGUCCUCGUCUAGAUUCAGCUCUGUUUUGAGUGGAAAGGGCAAUGUAGGUGGUAACAAGUCAGACACUGUUAUCUGGAAAGUCAUUGCAAGCAAGGACUUUGGUGCUGCUGAACUUGUUAGCUGCCAAGUCAUAGAUAUAUAG